AUGGCUGAAUGUUUGGAAGUUCUGUGCGAAGAUUCGCUCGAAGAACAAAAAGAAGAAAUCACCGUUCUUCAGUCUAUCUUCGAGGAUGAUUUGCAAAUCCUCCAAGGGAGUGAUGGGCGUUCAAACGUUUGUUUUAGUUUGAAGGUCAAGGCUCAUAUUCCUCACGAUGUAAUCAACUUGGAGGCGUUUAUCCCAGCUGAAGUAUUGGAAGAACUUCCAAGCAGUCAUCUUGAUGAUGAUCCUGCGAGAGAGAGCCUGGCAGAAGAGUUUAAAGCAAGUAAAAAUUCUGAUUGUGGACCGUUGAGAGAUAAUUCAUUCGAUGAAAACCAUCUCGUUGGCGAAGAAAUGGGUUUCAAUAGAUGUUCAAUAGAACAAAACCAGACCAAUACACCUCCUGACACUUCCCCUGAGAGUUUUUUAGGACACCCAAGAAGACCUGGUUUUACUAGGACUGUGUCUUUGCAACACUGGCACGUGAAUGCAGACAUUCAAUACUUGACUCCAAUACAUCUUACUUGUUCACUACCUCCACUCUACCCCACUGAGUGUCCACCCAAUUUUUCCCUGGCCUGCCUGUGGCUCACUAAAAGUCAACUGCAAGAAGUGCAUGAGAAGCUGAUGCAGUUGUGGACAGAGAAUCCAAAUUUACCAGUAAUCUUCACUUGGGCUGAUUGGCUUCAAAACGAUGUAUAUGAGUAUUUGCAUCUAGGUGCACACUUAGUUCUAAAAGAGCCUGAGAGUGAGUUGCCACAAACAGAUGAAGCCACAAAUAGUGCAUUAUUUAAUACGAAAUUAGAGACAGCAUUGUUAACCAUCUUUGAAUGUGACCUUGACAUGCAGAGGCAAGCUUUUAGACAGACCAUGCACUUGUGUGAAAUUUGCUUUGAUGAAAGGGAUGGAACAGAAUUUCACUACCUGGAUGAAUGCAAGCACUUUUUCUGCACUGAUUGCUUGAAAGCACACUGCGAGUCACAUGUUGAUAGUGGAACUGUACUUAAUCUUCAAUGCCCCAGCCAUGAAUGCCAGACAAUGCUCCCACCAGAGAUUCUUCAAGAGAUACUUGAUACUGAUAAAUUGCAGCGAUGGGAAAGACUACUUUUAACAAAGACCCUUGAUAUAAUGGGCGAUAUAGUCUACUGUCCAAGAUGUAACAUGGCAGUUGUUGCUGAUGAAGAUGAAGGCUCAAGACUUGGCCAUUGUGCUAAUUGCUUUCAUGCAUUUUGUACAGAAUGCUAUGAGCCCUGGCAUCAUGGCCAGCCAUGUUUUUCAGGUGACUCAGAUUCUGAUGAGGAGAAUUGUAAAAAAACAGGGAAGCCUUUGAAAUCAAAGAAAACUAAAGAUUACGAGGAGAAGGGAGGAAAAGCGGCUGCUAUAUCCCUUAGAGCACAAGAGAAAAGAAGGAAAGCAAGAGAGCAUAAAAUGAACAUGAGCAAUCUAUCCUUUAUACGUAUGAUGAAACAGCAGGGGAGGUAUCAGUACUGUCCAAAGUGUCGUAUGGCUGUUGAGAGGAUAACUGGCUGCGACAUGAUGCAUUGUUCGCAGUGUGGUGCAAGCUUUUGUUGGCAAUGUGGUAUGUACAACUAAUGAAUUUUAAUGUGUCUUAUAAAGGACAGUGCUGCAGUGUAUGGAGAUUAAAGUUAAAAUCCCUUUAAUGGGGCACCAAAGGUUCAGAACCAUCUGCAUUACGGAGGGGUCUGUAUUAUAGAGUUAGGGAAUAGGUGAAGUUUGGUAUCUUUGGGACCAGGUGAAUUUUCCAUAAUAGAGAGAGCUGUCUCCAGGGUUGUCACUAAGAUUUCAAGUUGCCGGGUAAAUACAACAAGUAGGCGGGGAAUCAAAUGGCUAGGGAUUUCUUUUGGUUCUAUUUUUCUUCUAUUUUCCAAUAAAAGUAGCCGGGGGCCACUCUCUUAGUAGCCGGGGAAAAUCCCCGGCCCCCAGCUCUUAAUGACAACCCUGUGUCUCUAUUAUGGCGGUAUCCAUAACUACAGAUUCAACUUUACCUUAAUUAUUAUUGUUGAAAUUUUCAUUAGGUCAUUUAUUUUGCUUCGAUAAGUACUCGUGUUUUCAUGAGAGAAAAUGGAAAGAUAUGAAAAUGCCAGUCUGACCUUUUCUCUAAAACAGGCUAUUUGAAAGAGUGUUUGUUUGAGGGGGCAGGGGGAAAUUGUCACUGGUCAAGAACAUUACCAAAAAAGCAGUCAUAAGACACAUGGUUCAUCCCUUUCAAAACGAUGGCUUAAAAUCCACUCACCCACCCCUGGUGAAUUGUCUACAAUUAACCUUAACCACCUCCAGUGUCAGUGUCAAUUUGUUUGCAUACAACUGUGUAUCUUGCAAUAAUCUUGAGUUGAAACUGAUCUGGUGAUUUUAUCUUUUUACAUGUGCAAAAGCAUUAUUAAGUGUACAGCUGUAUAUCGUACAUGUAUAUCACAACACAAUAGGAGAUGUGAGAGACUCCUAACUUGAGGCUUGUACAUGUGUGAGCUUUCUUGUAUUUCCUGUACUGUAUAUUGUUAUUAAGACAGGAUCUACCAGGAAAGUGAGUAAAAAUUAAUAAUAAUUAUAAUUAUUUUAAUUUUCAGUGGACAAAAUUAACCUUGUACCAGAAUAUUGUAAGCCAAUUAUUACAUUCUUUUUUACACUUUUCAAGGGCUAUAGAUAUAAUUAGUUAUCUGUAAUCACGCCAAAGACAAUUUCUUUUGGGAGCCUGAGAAAAGAAAUUUCAAAUUUCACAGGAAUUGAGCAAACACAGGUAAAAUUAUCAUAUGCAAGAUUUCAUUUUGUGAAAUUUGAAGCAUUUGAAGUUUAUUUUCUCUGGCUCCCAUUAGAACCUUUUCUUUGGAGUGAUUUCAUAUAACGUAUUAAAUUUAUAGCCCUUGAAAAGUGUAAAAAAGGAUGCAAUAUGAUUGAAAUUAUUCUGGUACAAGGUUUUUGCCCACUGAAAAUUAAAAUUACUCAAUUUCCUAAUGGAUUCUGUCAUUUGCUACAUAUAAUUGACCAAUCAAGAUAUUAUUAAUUUUUCAUGCCCAGUUCCUAUUUAGGAGAUACAAUCUGAUCAACUUCUAGUUUUACAGGCAAACAAUAACACAAUCCUAAAAUUAUUUUGUGCCAUAACAAUAUAAAUCUAAUUGUCUUAUUUUUUGAAGGUUGUCCUUCAGUUUAUUCUAUUAAAUUAUUCCAAUAAACACUUCUUUUUUCUUCAGGAAAGGCAAUAUCUGGCUAUGACCAUUUUGGAAACUGUGGGAGGCUUGAACCAGGCUUCCACAUACCUGUCAGACAGCCAACAGUGGGUGAAAAUUUGAUUGAAGAGUAUCGUAAGGCCAACCCAAGAAGAAGAUUACGAGCAAAGCUAUGUCCCCGCUGUCACCAGAAAUGUCUCAAAGAGAAUAGCAACAAUAACCAUUUAAAAUGUUGGUCUUGUAAGACACCCUUUUGUUACCAGUGUGGCAAAGAAAUUAAGGGGGCAGUACACUUANGAUCAACUUCUAGUUUUACAGGCAAACAAUAACACAAUCCUAAAAUUAUUUUGUGCCAUAACAAUAUAAAUCUAAUUGUCUUAUUUUUUGAAGGUUGUCCUUCAGUUUAUUCUAUUAAAUUAUUCCAAUAAACACUUCUUUUUUCUUCAGGAAAGGCAAUAUCUGGCUAUGACCAUUUUGGAAACUGUGGGAGGCUUGAACCAGGCUUCCACAUACCUGUCAGACAGCCAACAGUGGGUGAAAAUUUGAUUGAAGAGUAUCGUAAGGCCAACCCAAGAAGAAGAUUACGAGCAAAGCUAUGUCCCCGCUGUCACCAGAAAUGUCUCAAAGAGAAUAGCAACAAUAACCAUUUAAAAUGUUGGUCUUGUAAGACACCCUUUUGUUACCAGUGUGGCAAAGAAAUUAAGGGGGCAGUACACUUACACUUUCAAGGCAUCAGUUCAUGUGCACAACAUUCUGAUGAUUAA